CUGCAGAGGCACACAAACAAUCCACGGUUGGCACUAGUUGACACCAACAUGGUCACCAAUCGCCUUCUACACACCGCACGCAGCUCCCCGUCAACCAUUUAUCAAACCAAGGAGGCAGCAGUCAUCCUAUAUAUUCUGUUUUCGCCUACUCCGUGCCAUCGCAUUUAGUAGCAGGAGUAAUGCUGAACCAGAUUCCAUUUCCCAGGUCCCAACUACUCCCGUCGCUUCUUUCACCAGCUUCUGCCUGUAAAGUGACCCUCUGCAUUCAGCAGUCAGGAGCAUGGACGGAGUCCCAGAGUUUGAAACCUCUCCGGAGGCUGCUGAUGCCAACACUCAACCAAGAGUAAAACCCAAGGCUCUUAUCGAGGAAUACCUCGUACAACACCUCGAAAUCUACCGCGAGCUUCGUGAGCUCCAGCAAAAAGGCUGGCAAAGCGAGGAUGCGGACGCCUACUUCCAGAACCAACGACAACGCGCCGACAAUGCCGACGCCGAAGCCAAGGCCAAGUUCUUCAAGUUAAUGCACAAGAUUGGUCUUGAGAUCGACGCCGCAACGUCGGCGCUCAACCUCCGAAGGCCGAGUCAUGGCGACCCGCGGCCCGCCAUCCUGGACCUCUGCAUGGCUCCGGGCGGUUUCUCCUUGGCCGCCCUCACGCGCAACCCGGCCGCGCUCCUCCGCGGCAUCACUCUCCCACCGUCACAAGGCGGCCACGAGAUUCUCCUCCGCAAACGCUGGUCGGAGACGGACCCUAAUGCCCAGGUCUAUGUCUCCUUCUGCGACAUCACCCUCCUGGCAGACGAGAUGGGCACUCCUCCAUCCAGCAUCCCGGCUUCGCAUCCUGAUGCUAAGUCGUUUUCGUCUGAUCGGCCGUUUAUUGAGCAGCAGUUCGACCUUGUUUUUUGCGACGGCCAGGUCCUUCGCACCCAUGAGCGGCACGAGUAUCGCGAAAAGUGCGAGGCAACCCGCCUAGUAACAGCGCAGCUCGUCCUCGCCCUCCAGCGCAUCCGUUCGGGCGGCACAAUGGUCAUCUUGCUGCAUAAAGCUGACGCCUGGCCGUCUGUGCUCCUGAUGCACACAUUCGACUCUUUCGCUGAACGCGUGGAGCUAUCCAAGCCGCAGGCAGGACACAAGAUCCGGUCGUCAUUCUACAUGGUCGCCAAAGGGGUGAGGCCGGACUGCGAGGCCGCGGUGGAGGCGGUGCGGCAAUGGAAGGCGGAAUGGAGCCUUGCUACUUUUGGGCUGGGCGCCGUGACCGGUGAUUGUCAAGAAGAGGAUGGGCUGGGCGAGGCGGAACUUGAGGUUUUGGGGAGCGGAAGGGAGGAGAAGGUCAGAGCUGUGUUGCAGGAGUUUGGGCCUACGCUGUUGAGGCUGGCAGAACCCGUCUUCGCGGUACAGGUGGAGGCAUUGAAGAAGGCGCCUUGGAUGAAGAAUAUCUAAGGGCUGGGUCUAACUGUCUCCCGACUCCCAGCUACUCCCGCCUCCUCUCAGCAUCCAUCCUUCCGCCCUCGGACCCAUACUUGACCUUUUCCAGUCCAAACUCAGUAUUGAGUUCCGUCCUCAGCGGCACCUGCUUCUCAAGGA